AUGAGUGAUGUGUUUGAGGGGUACGAACGCCAAUACUGCGAGCUCUCCGUCAAUGUCUCAAACAAAUGCACACCCACCACCACUGUUGAUGGAGAACAAAGGAAGCAGAGAACUGAAGAGAUGAAAGCUGCAUUUGAUGAAGCUGAUGAUUUGAUUAGGAAGAUGGACCUCGAGGCAAGGAGUCUGCAGCCGAGUGUGAAGGCGCCGCUUCUUGCCAAGGUGAGAGAAUAUAAAACCGAUUUGAACAACUUGAAGAGCCAAGUUAAGAGAAUAACAGCACCAGAGAUCAGUCCUUCAGCCCGAGACGAGUUGUUGGAGUCUAGAGAAGCAGAUAACUACUUGACGGCCUCAAAUGAUCAGAGAGGAAGGUUGUUGAUGGGAACAGAAAGAAUAAACCAGUCGAGUGACAGAAUCAAGGCGAGUAGAAGAACAGUGCUGGAAACCGAGGAGCUUGGCGUUUCGAUCCUCCAAGACUUGCAUCAACAACGCCAGUCCCUUCUACAUGCCAGUAACACUUUGCAUGGGUUAGAUGAAACUAUUACCAAGAGUAAGAAGGUUCUGGUUGCCAUGACAAGAAGGAUGAGCAGAAAUAAAUGGAUCAUGGGUUCCAUAGUAGGAGUUCUCGUCCUCGCAAUCCUGCUUAUUCUUUACUUGAAGAUAUCACACUAA